UCACAGACACGAUGGUCGUGAAACCGUUAACGAAAUAAAAACACAUAAAUAAUAUACAAAUUUCAAAUAAUAACACACUAAAAUAUGCACUAAACACAGUACUGUAGCUAAACCAACGAACUGUAAAUAAUUGUGUAAAUAAACAAGACAAGAAACCUCGGAAUACCAAAAGACCGCUCAAGUUCCCAUGCAUUGAGCUGGCCAAUCGGUUUGAAAAUAAUUGUUUGAUCGAUUUUGUGUGUGAACACCUUGUGAAGGCAUUUGCGAACCGAUUGCCAUAGCAAGCAAAGUGUGUUAAACAGGAAAACACCCUCGAAAGUUCAAAUACAACCCCCUCGAUCGGGUUAACCUUCCACAAGAAAACAGAGCCAAAUACCCACCACUUCCCUUCAAGUUUGUGUUAACGUGCUGCUGACUAAUUGCCUUUAUAUAGCCCGACUAUAUAAAACUGUGCAAUAAGACACGGCCAACUCUUAAGUUUCGACGCCUCAGUUAAGCUGGAAGUUGCUUCGCUCGCAAGUGAAGUUCUAACUUUCGCAGCGAAAACGUUUUUCAAUUAAUUUUCAUUGAGUGAAGGAGGCGAGAACGCCUUGUUUCGGUUCGGUUUCCAAUUGAACACAGCCACCAACACCAGAGCCGUAAAAGUGAACUGCAUUUCAAGUAGAGCAAAACAGUAACGACUUCAUCAUCGAAUCGAGUCAGAUGCUGCAUAAUUAGCAUUCGCUUGUGUGGAGUGACGAAAAGCCAGCGGAAAAUGUAUCUCAUACAGACUGUUCAGACCACUUGGCGGCCACAACUGCCGCUGCCCAGGGAGCUCCAACUGACCAAUGACCGGAACAGCGCCGAAGACCACGACUCGAAGGUGAUCACGAGCACCACGACCACAGCGGACAUCCACCACCACCCGAACCACAGUUACAACCACAACCAGGAAGAGGAGGAGGAGGAGGGGGACAUGGACCGGCUGAGGGGGAACCACAGCAUCGGGGGAUCCUCGCAGCAGCUCUCCGGCAAGCAGAAGUGGUCCUUCGGCAGGCUCUUCCGCAAGAAGAAGGAGGCGGAGAGCGCCUCCUCCAGCGAGGAGGACCGCAAGGCGGGCUUCGUUCCCGCCCAGCGCCAGUCGGCCGGAGGAAAGCCGAAGGGAAAGGCAUCCGGAAAGGGAUCCCGCGGAAGCAGCAAGUUCGACCACAUCGUGGUGAGCCCCAGGGGCCAGGAGCAGGCGCCCCCACAUCCUCCCCAGCCGCAGGUGGACAACGAGUUCUUCCUGCCCGUGGAGGCCAUCCCGCCGGAGCCGUACUACCAGAACCAGCCGGGCCUCUACCAGCGCUCCAGCAACUCGCUGGACCGGCGGAUGCUCCUGCAGCAGGGAUUCCAGGGGAACGGCUUCCAGCAGCCGCACAAGUCCCGCUCCGCGCAGCGCGGUCCCAAGCCCCCGGGCGCCCACUCCAGCGAGGAGGAGCUCAUAUCGCUCAACUCCUCAACCUUCUCCAAGUACCGCAGCGACGAGAGCAUCCACCUGGGCUCCUCCUCCGCCGCCGCCGGCCAGAGUCGUCGCAGUCGGGCGGCGCGCAACGAGCGGUACUACAAGCGGCUCUCCCGCGACGGCGAACCGAGUCAUGGAGGACCGCCAGUGCUCACCCAGCAGCAGCAGCAUAAUCAUCAGCAGCAGAGGUACAAGACGCAGCCCCUGCCGCUGUCCAUCUACCAACCCACGAACUCCUCGGGAGGCUACGUCCAGUGGCAGCCGCAGCCGCAGAAGAGUCUGCAGAAUGCGAUGCAGUCGGACGGAAAGCGGAGCAUCAGCUACGACAGCCACAUCCACCUGCAGAACCUCAGCGGGCGGAUGCAGAGCAAGCCGCUGCCGCCGCCCCCGCCGCCCAGGGAUCCGCUGCGGAGGGUGCAAGUCAGCCAGGGUGGCCAGCAGAUGGGCUCCAGUUCGGGGGACCUGCGGCCCGUGUCCUACGCCUUCGACCACAACAGCCGCUGCGCCUCGGACGACCGCAUCUGGCAGCCGCCUCACUACCAGUCGGUGCACUCGCUCAACUCCCAGCCCAGCUCCUCCAUAGUGAGUGCUCCGGUGAGCCAGCAGCAGCCGCACCACCGCAGGUUCAUCACCAGGUCCGAGAGGAACGCCAAUCCCGGCAAGCAGUCCCUGCCCAACGGCAUCGACUUCCACUACGUGGCGGAUGCCACGCCGCGCUCCCGCAAGCCCAUCCACCUGAUGGAUCCGAACCGGAUGGACAGUGGAGCUCCUGCCUCCAGCGGAGUGCUGAGAACCUCUAAGAGCGGCCUGCCCAAUCCGAGUCCCGCUCCACAGCAGCAGCCGCUGGCCAAGCCGCGCUCCUUCUCCAGCUCCCGGCUGAGCGAGCUGCGGACCUACCCCAUGCCCAUGUACUCCGAGGUGCAGAAGCCGAAGAGGAGCGCUCCUCCGUCGAAUCCCUCGCCGAACCAGGAGAACGUGGUGUGCGGCAGUCUGCACAUCAAGCCGACGCAGGAGCGCGGCAACCAGAACUACGUGGAGAUCCGGCACAGGGACGUGCACAAGACCAACUCCAUGCCGCACCACUACCAGAGCAGGCGCUCCGGCGAGGAUCUGCCCAACAAGUACGAGGAGUACGUGGCCGAGAAGCGGGAGCAGCACCAGCAGGCGCCGCCUCCGGUUUACCCCGAGCGCAAGAUGAGCGCCCCAGCGGUGGCUCCAGCUCCUGCUCUACCUCCUCCUCCCGUUUACUUCCCCCGCAAGAAGCCCGCCAACCUGGAGGAGGCCAUCAACGAGCUGGAGGCCAUCUACAAAUCGCUGGGCCUCACCGAACCCACGGAACCGAAGCCGAAUUCGGAGCCCAAGAUGCGGGUGCCCACGCCCAGCGACUUCGAGAAGUUCGCCUUGGCGCACGCGGACGAGUACGAGGACGAGGACUCGCCCACCGGGGAGCCCGAUCCCGUCAAGGACGACGUGGCCUUCCGGAACCUGCAGCUGGCCAACCUGCAGCACCGCUCCUCGGAGAAGCAGCCGCCGUUUGGCAUCCCGGUGGGUCCCAUCGUGCCCGCUCCGCAGUCGGACUACCUGCACGUGGAGCCAGUGCGCGUGAAGAAGAAGAGCGGCUCUCCGGACAUCAUCAAGGACGACUUGGCCGUGCGGGCGCUGAGGAAGGAUCCGCCGGGACCGAAGUCCAGCUUCGUCUAUCCCAUGCAGAAGAAGCAGCGGGCCACGCGCACCCAGUCGGCCAACAUCUACAACCUGAUCCAGAGGGACGCGGCGAAGCCCUCCGGCGGAGACCUCAACAGCUACAUGGAGCUGACCCGCAACCUCGAGAGAGCCGGCAGCAUGUCCAACCUGCGGGGGGACGGGGAUUCGAAUGCCAGCGAUGUGCCCGCCACGCUGGACCUGCUGCGCAAGCUGAAGGCGCAGGACGAGGAGCUGGACCAGGGCAGGAAGCACCACCCCAUCCCCAUCUCCAUCCCGUUCAGGCACCCCAGCCAGGGAGGAGCGAUCGCCCAGCUGCCCGAGCGGCUGUCCAAGGAGGAGCCACAAAAGGCGGCGCCAGUGCCCGCUCCCCGCAAAACCAUCACUCCAGAGCCAAUGAUGGACGACGCCCUGAACAAGAUCGCCCAGGAGGCGCAGGCCAGCAGCAUCAAGCUGAGCCAGGAGCUGCACGAGCUGCGCCGGGAGGCGCUCAUCACGGCGGCCAGGCCCAAGCUGAAUGCCGAGCAGCAGAGGCUGGAGGACGAGCUGCAGCAGAUCGAAGCUGUGUCCGAGGCGGCCAAGCGCUGCGGCCAGAUGCUGCUGGAGACCCUGCCGGAUGCGGGACAGGAGGACGGGCAGGAGGAGGAGCAGGAGAAGCCCCUCAGGAAGCUGCACAAGGAGGGCAAGCUGAUCCGCGCCAUCGACGAGGUCUCCGAGGCGGCCAAUGCGGUCUGCGAGAAGAUCCUGAAGGACAUCGUGACCACGGAGCCGCCGGUGGUGGUGCACGAGGCGCUCCAGGUGACGCAGACCACCAAGACGAACGAGAAGGGCGAGCAGCUGGUGAUGCCUGUGCUCAUCAAGAAGCUGGACCCCAUCCAGUCCGAGAAGAUCGAGCACAUCGCGCGCAGGUGCAUGCGGCAGCUGAGCGAGCUGGCCAGCAACCCGGACUACGACAACCUGGCCAACUGCACUGGCCACAUGAGCAGCAGCACCACCACCCAACCAGCCACCCAAGCAGCCACUCAACCAGCCACACAACCAGCGGGUGAUGCCACUCUCGUUUGUCCCGUUGCAGAGAACCGCAACCGCAACGCGAAGACGCUCGAGGAGAUCGACAAGAUCAUGCAGGAGUGCGAGCGGCAGGCCAAGAGCAGCAGCUCCACCAACACCACCACCGACGACCAGCGCACCACCGCCCCCAGCCUGACGAGUGGGAGCAGCGGCAGCGGGAGCUUCCCACCCAAUGUGAGCACCACCGCCAGUUCGUUCAGCUCGAGCAGCGACUGCCUGGCGAAGUCGUCGAGUCCCUCGCGCGCCAGUCGCCCGCUCUCCUCGAGCAUCACCUCCUUCAACCCGUACUCCUCGAGCGACUACAUCAAGUCGCAGAGCAGCGACUGCCACGCACCCAGCACCGACCCGAUCAAGACCUUUAGCACCACCUCCUACGAGGGGCAGUCCACCCCGCAGAGCACCACGAUCAGCACCACCACGAUUAGCACGAGCACGGGUCAGCAGCCCGUGCUCAGCAGCACCGCCGAGUCCAAUCCGACCCAUCCGGCCUCCUCGGGAUCGCCGCCUCCGCUGCAGCUGACCCCCGUGGGCAACCGGAGGAGCAGGAUCCGGGAGCAGCGGGGCGGCUCCUGCUCCUCCGCCUCCUCGCCGUCGCAGUACAACUCCAGCGAGGAGCUGGCCGCCAUCUUCGGCAUCGAGGAGCAGCCGAAGCACCGCCGCCGGCUGACGCAUAACGCCACAGAAACCAUUGCGGCCUCAAGUGACUUGUCCACAGCACCUGCCACUGCCAAAACUAGCUGCCAGCCACCAGAGCCGCAGAAGAAGCUAGAGAAGCCAUCCGCCACCAACUCGGAGGACUCCAGUUCGCAGAGGAGCAGCAAGGCGCAGUCGUACCGCGGCCAGCACCCGCACUUCCACCACCACACCACCCCCGCCUACUACACGGACCUCCAGCUGCGGAUCCACACCCCGAACGCCUCCGAUGUGGGCGCGUUGAACGAGAACUACCAGAGCGUCUACGCCACGCCGAGCACCCAGCUCGUGGAGCAGCGCUCCUUCCCCAAGAGCUCCGCGGCCUCCAGUAAGGACUCGUUUUUUCGUGGCGACUCUGCGUCCAGCGACAGCCACUCGAGACAGCCGCUCCGGCGGAGCCAGCCGAGAACCGGCAGCGAGGGACGCUUCUUCAGAUACUCGCGGGCAUCUGCGAGCCCUACCAAAGGUGAACCGCCCCUCCACUCCCCCAUCCCCACCACCGCAAACACCACCAGCGCCACCACAAGCACCACCAUCAGUAGUCGUAACCCCGUAGAGCAGGCUAGUCCCAGUCCUCCUCCCCACAAGGAAGGCGCUCCCAAGGAAGGCGCCUCCGGCCGGAGCAGCCGGCACAAGCAGCGCUUCCAGAGCCGCUCCCGGCGAGCGGUGCGCGUGCGCAGCGAGUCGCGUCCGAUCAGCGCGCUCUACGACAUAAUAUGCAAGGAGAAGAACCUCGUCCACAGCAGCAGCAGCAGCAGCAGCAACAGCAGCAGCAACGAGCAGGAGAAGGAGCAGCAGCCAGGGAGGGAUAAGGAUCAGCCGAGUAGUAGGAACUCAACCGACAAGCUGGCGACCUUUUGGCCCCUGCACCAUCACUACCUCAAUCCCCCGAUGAGCAGCGGCACUCCGGGCGGCACUGGCAGCAAUCCCAAGCAGCAGCAGCAGCAGAAACAGCAGCAGCAGCAACAGCAGAAGCAGCAACUUCUGGUGACGGGAGCGGCGAGGGAGUUGCCGGCGAGCAGCGAUGACGAGGAAUCCCCGCUAGCGCUGCACCCGAGUCGCAAGGUCACCGAUCUGAGUGCCAAGGCCGCCUCCCUGCCACCCGAGGAGGCGAACUCGGAUGUCGGGUUGUCCCUGCCAGCAGCCUCCUCCUCCUCGAAUCGCUUAAAUCUGCGAGUGGCCAGGAGCCUGGAGCCCUCCUCCCGCAAUCUGCCCGCGUCCGCCUCCCAGGAGGUGCAGAACUACCACGCCGGCGAGCCGGUGAACACGGAGCGCCUCUUUGUGGAGCCGCCCAAUGUGCCACUCUCCGUCCUCCGGAAGUCCCUGUACAACGACGGCCUGGGCAUCGAGGAGUGCGACAGCACCACCCAGUUCAGCCAGGGCGAUGUCUUCGACACCCUGGAGCGGUGGAGCCAGGAGAUCGGCUCGGGCCCCCAGCUGGUGAAUGGCCACAACCACCACCAGCACCAACGGCUACAGGAGCAGCACCACCAGCAGCAGCACCACCACCAGCACCACCAGCAGCAGCAGCACCACUCAGACCCCGAAGCAGACCACCAAGAACCCGAUCAUCUCGAACUCCAACUCGACCAGCACGCUCAUCAAUCAUUGCCAGUAGAACCCAAGUCUCACCACCACCACCAGGCCACCAAUGCGCGCAGAUUCAUAACGCGCACCACGCGCUCCGCCAGUCGCCAGAGUUCCGCCGGACACUCUCCGCCGCCUCCGUCGCACCGCAGCGACGACUCCUCCAGCAGUUCGCCCUCGCCCACUCGCAGAAGGAGCAAGCCAGGAGCCGCCACAUCCACCGCAGCCACCUCAGCCACUCCAGCUGAUCAUCCGUCCUCGUCGGCGAACGGCAACAGCUCCGCUUAUGAGACGGCGGCCACCACUGUGAUGACCUACGACCACGACCACCACCAGCGCCGCAAUCCUCCAGUCGAAGUUCCUAGUGCUCCAUCCUGCGAGCCACAGCAGCCGGAAGGCAUCCUGCUCCCUGUCUCCUGCCCCACUGCAUCCGCCAACUCAGCCAACAGCCAAAGCCGAGGAAAAGCUGGCAAAUGCAGUAUUAAUUGCACCUACAGCCACAGCAGCAACAACAACUGCCACGCGAGGCAGCGCAACAGCAACAACAGCAGCAGCAACUGCAACAACAGCACUUGCAACAACAACACUAAACAGCAACACGCCACGCCCAUGCCGCCCCUCGCUAAUGCCAACAAAGCGCCGUUAAUUGUGCUUAAGACAGCCACAUCUGCAGCAGCAUCACUUGCAGCAGCAUCGCUUACAACAGCAACAGCAGCAACAUCCAGCAGCACGGCAGCAACAUCUGCUGCUGGCUCGCCCGUUAAGCGUCGCAAGAAUCCCCUGUCGCCGCUGCGCCUCGGCAGCCAGUCCACCAUUGCUCCUCCGCAGUCGGUUGCCAGUCCGCUCCUCAGCGGCGGCAGCUGCUCCUCCUCGACCACCUCGCCCCAAUCCUCGCCAGCGGUGCGCACCACCAAGGCGAGUCGCCUGCGAGCCGCCGCCCUUGAUAAAAAGAAGGAAGAGGAGCAGCGGCAGCGCUUCAGCUCCCCCGCAUCCCCGAGGGCCUCCAGCAACGGAGCAGCUGUAAGCCAGCGGAGGCUCAGCAACUCGGAGCUGUCGCCCAAGUCGCCAGGUGCUUGCGGGUUCACCUCGGAGCCAGCUAGCAACCCGGCCAACCAGGCCACUCCGAGCAGGAUCCCGGCGAGGUCUGCCUCCCAGCCGGCGGACACGCCUCCCGCCCAGCGACGCCAGCCCCUGGUGGCCGUGGGAUCGGGCGUCUCCAUGAAGCAGAGCCUCAGCGAGCUGCACUUCACCGGCGGAGCGGUGAGUCCGCCGAAGGCCUCCGCGGAAUGCACCCUCCGGAUGCGACCGCGCACCUCCACCAUGAGCACCGAGAACGCGGACAGCGGACGCCGCGAUCCGCUGGCCAACCUGCAGCUGAGUCCCGUGCAGAAGCACAAGAGAACGCCCGAAGUGUCACCUCGUCGGUUGGGAGACCGCGACAAGUCGGCCAAGCGGAAGUCGAAUCUGAACCGUUCGUUGACCGAGGAAGCCACCAAGGAUGGCGAUGAGGCUGCCUCUUCGACCCGCCGACGCCGACGUCGCGAACUGGGAAUGGCCCGUCCGCUGGUUCCUGGCGAGGAUGAGGCCCUGAGGGAUCUGCUGCAGACGCCGCAGAGGAGUUCCUGCAGCGAGUCCACCGCCUCCGUUUCGGAGACCCAGCGCCAGGUGGCUCCCGUAGUAGUGAGGCACCCGGUGGUUCCCGUGCGCACCAUGUCCGCCGUGCUGCCCGCCCCGCGACCCUUGCACGCCCCCGCCGCCCGGAGCGUCGCCCAGAAGUUCACCGAGCGGACCAGGACCGACCUGGCCGAGAUCAAGAAGAUCGCCGAGCAGUCAGAGGUGCCACCAGGCAAGCCAGAUCCCUUGGCGGCGGAGGAGAGCCAGAAGAUGGCGGCCAUAAUGCGCAGGAAGAGCACAGACGAAAGUGGAGCAGUGGGAGGAGUGCCCAGUCAGAGCUCUCCGCCCGCUCCCAACCAGAUAGUGUCGAUCCUGAAGAAGAAGGAGCACGGCCUGGCCGACUGCAACUCGAGUGCCUCGAGCAACCCCUCGCCGGUGACCUUCUCCUCGAGCGUGGUGGACCACCCGUUCUCGGGAGCCGCGCGCUGCAAGCGGCAGGGAAUCCUCAAGAAGCGGUCCAGUCUGGACGAGUCGCGCUACUACUCGCGCUCCCACUCGCCCGACGAGCGCAGCAUCCUGAUCAAGUCCGCGCGGAGGAACUCCCUGGAGGAGGCGGGCACAGGGAUGAGCACGAACCAUAACCAGGCGCACGGGAUCCUCAAGCAGAGCAGCUACGACAGCAGCAAGAGCGACGGCUGCCCCUCGGCGACGGAGAGCCAGCCGCACAGCAUCCUCAAGAAGAAGGACUCGCUGUCCACUCCGUCGGACGGCGGGUGCCACAAGCACGUCUCCAUCUCGCAGGCCGUCACCCUGGCAGCCGCCGAGCUGGCCGCCUACGACGGGAUAUCGGGAUUCGAGGACGGCGAGGAGCACGAGAUUAGGCCCAUCCUCAAGCAGGAGAGCACCUCCAGCGAGGAGGCGGUGCGUCCGCCGAAGCCCAUCCUCAAGAAGAAGUCGUUCGGGGAGGCGGACGAGCACGAGAUCAUCCGCCCGAUCCUGAAGAGCUCCCGCAAGAGCAGUCGCGAGGAGUUCGACCUGAGUGGCCUGGAGCACGACUCAGGCGGCGACUCGCUCCUCCUCUCCUCGAUCCUCAAGACGGACUCGCCCUCCAAGCGCCGAUCGCUGGGCUCCGCCUCGCAGGACUUGGAGGACUCCGCCGCCGGCUCCUCCUCCGGCGGUCUGCUGAAGCGGCGGACCCGCUCGCUGGAGCGCCAGGAGGUGCAGCCCGGCAUGGACUUGGCCGCCGCACUAGAUGCCAUCGCCACCUCGCAGGCCGCCCCCAGCCCAGCCAGCACUCCCGUGGACUUCGUGACCACGCCGACGAGCCUCUCGGUGGCGGAGCGGGUGAAGCGCAUGGAGCUGCUCGCCACGCCCACUUCCCGCGCGGCGGGCGGGGCCAACGGCAGCUGGGAGUCGCCGCUGCAGGCCUCCUCUUCGGAAGCAGGAGCCACCGCCUCGCCCAGAGUCCUCAAGCCGAGUGUCCUGCGCCGGGAUCUGCAGAGGGAGCGCUACAAGACGCAGCCCGUGACCAACGAGGAGAUGAGCUUCUUUAAAGCCAACUUCGCGCCGUUCGACAUCUCGGCCACGUCGGCGUUCAAGCCCACCAAACCACUGGACAUCCGCCUGACCCACGCUUCGCAGGCACCACAGGCACCGCUCAUCUCCCCGAUCACCGGCCAACCGCUGAGCCACGUGCCCGCCCCCCUGCUGCUCUCCUCGUCGACGAACUCGGGAGCGGGAGCGGGAUCCUCCUUCCGGCUGGCCCGCAGCUCCACCCAACCGCUGCAGUCGCCCCGAGUGGUCCACUUGGCCAGUCAGGCUGCUGCUGGUGGCUCGCCACAGUCACAAUCCUCCCUGCUGGCCCGCCAAAACUCGGUGAACGACAGCGUCAAUCUCAGCGAGCAGCUGACCCUGUCCAUCGGCACGGACAGCGAGCACAUCUUCGAGAUGUCCGCCUUGGAGGAGGACUCGGCCAUCCAGUCGCUGGGCGACGAGACAGCCGCUUCCGCAUCCGCGAACUCAUCAGCCACAGCAGCAGUAACCUCAACCGCCACAGCAGCCACUUCAACCGCGACACCACCAAGUGGCUUGACGCGGAGCAACAGUGUUCGGGCCAGGGCCAAUAUGUUCCAGCAACUGCAGGAGCAGUCGCGCACUCAACGGGCAACGGGAGCCUCCCGUCAAUCUCCUCCAGCUUCAGCCGAGGUCUCCUCCACUGCCGCCGACAACUCCCUGCAGAGUGACGAGCUGUCCACGCCAAAUGCAACGAUGGAUGCGGAGUUCGCGAAAACCAGCUCCGAACCACUGAAGAGCAUCCUCAAGACUGGAAAACCCAUGCUCGGAAUGGGACGCGGCCUGAUGCCCGUGGACCUGAAUGCGGAGCUGAAGAACCGCCUCAAGCGGUCCACCCAUGCCACGGUUUCCAAUCUGCGGAAGUCCGCCACCACGGCAGACGCCACUAAGACCAGCGACGAGGUGGACAACCCGCAGCGGAACUUGGCGCAGAUCCUGAGGAAUGUGUCCAAGGAGAACUCCACGCCGAAGCACGACGAUGCGGUGAGCCUGGUGAGGAACCUCGCCACCUUGGGCCAACCUCGAUCUUCGGCCGGCGAAGAUGCAGCCGGGAACUGCGCCUCCGCCUCGGAGGGCGAGAGUUCGGGAGGUCGCGAGAUCGAGGCCAUCAUCAAGAACAGUGCCGUGGCCAGACGUCGCCGGCAGCAACAGCAGCAGCAAUCGCAGCAGCAGCAGCCACACCAGCCAGAUGGCAAUCUCGUUGCGAAAAGCAAAAGCCACUCGGGCAUCGCGGCACCAGCAGCCAUCGGCCUUGGCCCCCAGCUCCCACCUCUUCCCCUCGGCGGCGGCUUCGUGAAGUUGCGUCAUGUAGCCAAGGACGAGGAGCCCAGUAGCAGCAGCACCUCCUCCGCCAAGGAAUCGCCAGACAAGCAGAACGACCCCGAAACCGAAAGGGAGAAGCCGGAAGAAGCUUCGGGAGACUCAUCGAAUCCAACGGCUCUGCCUCAGUUUCUUCAGGGAGUCCAGCGAUCAGCAACAGAGGUCAUGGGCCCCGAUCAGCGGCCUUUGGUGAUCGCGAAGACCGGCUCGAUUGCGGAGCGCUUGGCGGCGCUGCACAAGAGCGGCGAGGACGACUGGAAGAAGCGCAUCUCGAAGCGCGACGAAGUGGACGACGUGCACCGCGAAAACAUCGUGAACGAGUCGCUGUCGCUGGCCCACUCGCUCUCGGACAAGCCGCUGCCCCCCCCCUUCAUCCCCACCAGCUUGGAGGGCGGCAAGGUCUCCGAUCGUUUGAGCAAGCUCAAGUGCAACUCGGAGAACUGGAAGCAGCGCAUAGAGCAAACCGAUGCCAAGAAGUUCACAGUCGCUGGCCGACUGCAGAAGAAGGCCCAGUCGCCCGUGGAGCUGCAGUUCGAGCGAUCCGCCAACGAUGCCGCCAAGAAGUGUCCCAUGGUCGAGGUGCGCAGUGCCAACCAGCCGCAGCUCGGCCUGGCCAAGAGCCCCUCCAUGAUGGUCACCUCGGGUGGCGGUGACAGCAGGAGCGCCCCCAGCAAGACCGCUCUGCGCAGCCUAAGCGUGAACCCCGAGGAGGAGGUGGCCUCCACCUUGAGUCGCUCCAACAGCAGCAGCUCGGAGUCGGACGGGGAUCGCGGCUCCCCGCAGAGCGCCAAGCAGAGCAAGGAGCUGGCCAACAGCAAGAGCGCCGCCGCUCCCACCAACGUGGGCGCCAGGAUCCAGGUGCCCCGCCUCGACGACCAGGAGACCUUCGAGAACUUCUUCGCCUCCAAGCCGAAGAAGGAGGAGGCCGUCGAGCUGGAGAUCAGCGCCUUCGACGACAUCAAGCCCACAGAGCGCUUGGUUAGCAAGCGUCACGUGCAGGGACCUAAGGGACGCAGGGCGGCACGCAAUCCCCUCAAGAGCCUGGCUGCCCGGGCGGACAUCAGUUCGGAGUACACGGAAAUGCGCUCGGGCAUCGCGGAGCGGGAGCUGAGGCGGCUCAAGCUGGAGUCAUAUGGCCACAAUGCCAACCUGGCCGCGGAGGCCAUCGCCGGACUGGCCAGCAUCGAGGACUUCAAGUCGGUGGCCCUGCGCUCCUCGGCGAUUCCCCUGCAGCAGAUGUGGCUGCCGCACAAGCCGCUGAUGCUGCUCCACGUGAAGGGGCGCACCCACGUGCAGACGCGCCUGGUGGAGCCGGUGGCCAGCUCGCUGAACCGCGGCGACUGCUUCAUCCUGGUGGCCGGGGCGCAGCUCUUCCGCUACGUGGGCUCCUUCGCCAAUGUGAUCGAGAUCUCGCGCAGCAAGAAGAUCUGCGCCGCCAUCGUGGAGAACAAGGACCUCGGCUGCACCGCCGCCCAGGAGGUGAUCCUCACGGACGGCAAGUACUUGAAGGAGCGCCAGUGGCGCCAGUUCUGGCAGCUGCUGGGCAGGAAAGAGGACGAUGAAGAGCAGCCGGAGAUCGCGGAGUGCGGCCACGCGGACGAGGACGACGUCUUCGAGAGCAGCCUGAUCGAGACGAACAAGGUGUACGAGUACCAGGACGAGGCGCUCGUCCCGCUGGAGAAGUGCUGGGGCAGCAUCCCCAAGGUGGACAUGCUGGACACGCGCAAGGUGCUCGUCUUCGACUUCGGCAGCGAGCUGUACGUGUGGAACGGCAAGAACGCCCCCUCGGACGCCAAGCGGGCGGCCAUGCGGCUGGCGCAGGAGCACUUCGCCGCCCAGGGAUCGGCGGACUACGCCGCCUGCUACCUGAACCCGCUCAACUACGCCUCCAUCGUGGGUCGCCGCGAGAACGCCAAGUACGCCAAGCGGUCGGAGCAGCGGCCCGAGUGGUGCGUGCUCGGCAAGAUCACCCAGAACAUGGAGACCGUGCUCUUCAAGGAGAAGUUCAGCGACUGGCCGGAGCUGGAGCGCGAGGACCUGGAGAAGGACUACCUGGCGAACGGGGUGAACGUGGUGCGCGCGUUAAGCGGGUCGGCCCUCCACAAGGGGGAGCCCUACCAGGAGCCGAACCUGGUGCUGGAGCAGGCCAACCUGGGCCGGGGGAACUUCUACUACGACACGGACACCAUGCGGCACUUCGACGUGAUCACCAAGUCGACGGACAAGUGGCAGAUCCACGAGUUCAACUUCGACGCGGCGAACGGGCGCGAGGACUACGGCCACUUCUACUCGGCGGAGAGCUACAUCGUCCGCUGGAUCUACCAGAUCUCGGUCACGGUGCGCGAGCUGAGCGGCAAGGUCUCGAACCGGAGCACCGUGGGCCGCGACAGGUGCGUCUACUUCACCUGGCAGGGCCAGGACUCGAGUGCCAACGAGAAGGGCGCGGCCGCUCUGCUGACCGUCGAGCUGGACAAGGAGAAGGGCGCCCAGAUGCGCGUCUCGCAGGGCGACGAGUGCACCGCCUUCGUGCGGCUCUUCCGCCAGCUGUGGCAGCACCGCGGCCGCAAGGAGCAGUGCCUGGAGCGGCGCUCCCAGUGGCGGCUCUACCAGCUGCAGGGCAACCUGCCCGAGGAGACCCUCCUCAAGGAGGUGGACUGCAAGUCCUCCCAGCUGCGCUCCCGCAGCUCCAUGCUGCUGAUCCACGGCAGCGAGGGCACCGUGAUCGUGUGGCACGGAUCGAAGAGUGCUCCGCACACGCGAUCGGUGGCCCUGGAGGCGGCCCAGGAGCUGGUGAAGCAGCUGCCCAAGGACCUCUUCAGCAGCGAGUCGGCCAGAUUGAGCGAAUCGGAGGAGGGAUCCGAGGAGGAGCAGUGCCGGAAAGCCCUGGGACUGGAGGAGCAGCGGAGCGAGUACGGCAGCCUGCUGAAGGCCAUCAAGUCGUUCGACUACCAAGUAAGGCUCUUCAACUUCUCCAGCACGCAGGGCGUGUUCAAGGCGCUCGAGCUGAGCGACCCGCUGCGCUGCCAGGACCUCUUCAGUCCGUAUCCCUUCAGCCAGGCGCAGCUGUACAACGCCCGGCAGCCCACCAUCUUCCUGCUGGACGACGGCGACGAGCUGUGGCUCUGGAUGGGCUGGUGGCCCCUGGAGGACGUAAAGAUAAACACCGACGAGCGAAGCAGCCCCACGAACGACAACCGGGCUGGAGUGAAUCGCUGGAUCUCAGAGAGACGCGCUGCCCUCGAGACAGCCGUCGACUAUUGGCGGGCCAAGCACGGCGAGAACGAGAAGGAGCCCUUCCACGGCGUCAAGGGCCAGGUGGUGUGGGCGGGCCUGGAGCCGCUGGCCUUCAAGGCGCUGUUUCCCGACUGGACAGAGCGGCCGGACGUGAGGGAAAUCAACGAGGAGGAUGGGAGAACUGGUGAGCCUACUAGCAUCGGCACGAUGCUGGCACAAAUGACGCAGACCGAGUAUCCGCUGGAGGUCCUCAAGGCGCGUCCCCUGCCCGAGGGAGUGGAGCCCACGCGCCUGGAGGUCUACCUCAACGCCGAGGACUUCCGGGCGGCCCUGGGCUGCAGCCGGGCGGAGUUCGAGCAGCUGCCCAUCUGGAAGCAGACCAAGCUGAAGAAGGAGCGAGGCCUGUUCUAGGAGAGAGGCACCAUGCAACCUAUAGACUUGAACACAACACGACACAAUCACAAAACACAAACAAAGCAAAACCAAUCACUUUUCUAGGCACUUUUUGUAGGCUGCGAUGCUUUUGCAACGGACACAGACAGAUUGAACUAUCGUAUUCUUUAGGCCUACUAUAUAAUAUAUAGUAUAGCAUACGUGCGCAUAUCCCCAUGUACUCUCUAUUUACACGCUUACAUAGCCUUUAUAUAUGUAACGACUAUUAUACAGGUGCACGAUGCCAGGCAAUAAAUUUCAACUCGCUUCAUUCGAUA